CCGCCCCGAGCCGCGGGGCCAGCGAGCGGAGGAGCAGGUGCUCGGAGCCCAGCCGCGCCAGCAUCGCGCGGCCGCUGCCCAAGUUCGCCUGGGGCCCGAAGAGGGGUCUUCCGGGCAACGGGGGAAGGAGCGCAGCCGGCGUCACGGCCACCGCGAGCUCGGAGUCUCCAGAGAAGGGCCAGCGGAGCAGCGAGUCCGGGUCACCCCCGGGAGGUGUUGGCGGGGCUCCGCAGUCCCCAGCUCCUGUCGCCGCCGGGGCAGAGAGAAGAGGCGAGGGACAGCAAGGCCGGGCUUUUCUGGAGACGCGAGGCACCUGGGAGAGCCGGGGCGAGAAGCGACACUUCCCUGUGACCAGCAUCCUUGAAGGGGCCCGGCGGCGAACAGCCUCCCGCAGGACGCCCUGAGAAGCUCUCAGCCCGAGGCGAGAGCAGGCGUCUGGCAGGACUCAGGCGCGGGACUUGAGAAGCAUAAGCGGGUCUCUGCCGAGCGCAGCCCGGGGAGCAGUGAGAAGGAAGGGUCCUGGAGGGGAAGGGAAAGAAGGCGGCAGCCGGCAGGGCGACCACUCACCCCCGUACACACCCACCCCGCCCGCCCAGCCAGGAGCCGCGGUGCGCCUCUGGGGGCGCUCGUUCCUUGGCGCCUUCUCUCCGGUGUCCCAGCACCACUGGGCUACGGGCCGGGCUGGUGGAGUCCCUGGGGAUGUCCAGAUCAGGCAUGGUGGCUGAGUGGCCCCUCUCCCAGGACCAGCGUAAAAGCUGGGGUUAGGCGGGGCAGGGGGGACUCGGCUCAGGGUCCCCCGAGGUCCAGGACGAGGGGAGGCGGGCGCAGCACCCAGGGACUGGAGAGGCGGCUCCCAGCGGGGCCCCUCCAGAAGUAGUGCCAGGAGCCGGGCAUCCUCCAGGAAAACCAGGGGCCAGGAAAGCCUGGGAGGCGCUCGGGAGAGGCUACUGCCAGCGGCGGCGGGCCGAGGCGGCGCUCAGUCCCGGGCGGGCGCCCGCGGAGGCGGCAGCGGUGGUGCCGGGCGGGCAUGCCGCGCCACUGGAGCUCCUUUCGGGCGCACGCUUCCCUGGCGCGGGCUGCGCGCGGCUGCCGCUGCUGCUGCUUCCACUGCUGCUGCGGACUCCCAUGGCGGCUCCGCCCGGCCGGGGCCGCCGCCGCUGCAGCCAGCCGCGGGCUGAAUGAAUGAGCCGGAGCAGCGGAGCCCGGCUGCCCGCGGCCGCGCUCACCGGCCCGGGACCCUUCCGCAUGGCCCGCGAGGAGCCGGCGCCCGUGGCGGUGGCGGCGGCCGGGCAGCCCGGGGGCGGCAGAGGUGGCGAGCGGGCGCUGCAGGGGCCGGGGGUCGCCCGCAGGGGGCGGCCGUCGCUGAGCCGCGCUAAACUGCACGGGCUGCGGCACAUGUGCGCCGGGCGCACGGCGGCCGGGGGCUCCUUCCAGCGGCGGGCGCUGUGGGUGCUGGCCUUCUGUACGUCCCUCGGCUUGCUGCUGUCCUGGUCCUCGAACCGCCUGCUCUACUGGCUCAGCUUCCCGUCGCACACGCGGGUGCACCGCGAGUGGAGCCGCCAGCUACCCUUCCCCGCCGUCACCGUGUGCAACAACAACCCGCUGCGCUUUCCGCGCCUCUCCAAGGGGGACCUCUACUAUGCCGGCCACUGGCUCGGGCUGCUGCUGCCCAACCGCACGGCGCGCCCGCUUGUCAGCGAGCUGCUGCGGGGCGACGAGCCGCGCCGCCAGUGGUUCCGCAAGCUGGCGGACUUCCGCCUCUUCCUGCCGCCGCGCCACUUCGAGGGCAUCAGCGCCGCCUUCAUGGACCGCCUGGGCCACCAGCUCGAGGACAUGCUGCUCUCCUGCAAGUACCGCGGCGAGCUCUGCGGCCCGCACAACUUCUCCUCCGUGUUUACAAAAUAUGGGAAGUGUUACAUGUUUAACUCAGGAGAGGAUGGCAAACCUCUGCUCACCACAGUCAAGGGGGGGACAGGCAACGGGCUGGAGAUCAUGCUGGACAUUCAGCAGGAUGAGUACCUGCCCAUCUGGGGAGAGACAGAGGAAACGACAUUUGAAGCAGGAGUGAAAGUUCAGAUCCACAGUCAGUCUGAGCCACCUUUCAUCCAAGAGCUGGGCUUUGGGGUGGCUCCAGGGUUCCAGACCUUUGUGGCCACACAGGAGCAGAGGCUCACAUACCUGCCCCCGCCGUGGGGUGAGUGCCGAUCCUCAGAGAUGGGCCUCGACUUUUUUCCUGUUUACAGUAUCACCGCCUGUAGGAUUGACUGUGAGACCCGCUACAUCGUGGAAAACUGCAACUGCCGCAUGGUCCACAUGCCAGGGGAUGCCCCUUUCUGUACCCCUGAGCAGCACAAGGAGUGUGCAGAGCCUGCCCUAGGUCAGUACUCAGGGGACAGAUGGAAUCAUGGGGGCAGGGGGCCUGAGAUUGAGAUCGUAGAGAUCAUCUUGGCAUGGGGAAAGAUCAAGCAGAAGAAGGAAUGGAGAAAGGAUAAGAAGAAAGCAGCUGGCAGGGUAGAGUUGCUGCAGGGAUGGGAGAGGGAGAUGAAGAAGAGGAAGAAGAGAAUGUUGGGGAGGAAUUGGCGCAAGAGGAUGAGGGCUGGAAAUGGGACUGGGGGAGAGAAAGGAGUGUAUGGUACUGACUAUUCUAUCUGCAGAGAGAACAUCCUUGUUCUGGAUAUAUUUUUUGAAGCUCUCAAUUACGAGACAAUUGAACAGAAGAAGGCGUAUGAAGUUGCUGCCUUACUUGGUGAUAUUGGUGGUCAGAUGGGAUUGUUCAUUGGUGCUAGUAUCCUUACAAUACUAGAGCUCUUUGAUUAUAUUUAUGAGCUGAUCAAAGAGAAGCUAUUAGACCUGCUUGGCAAAGAGGAGGACGAAGGGAGCCACGAUGAGAAUGUGAGCACUUGUGACACAAUGCCAAACCACUCUGAAACCAUCAGCCACACUGUGAACGUGCCCCUGCAGACAGCCCUGGGGACCUUGGAGGAGAUUGCCUGCUGACACCCCUCGAGCCACCCAGCACCCCCUCCAAACAGACCUUGAGGCCCAAGACCCAGGACAAGGAACAGAAAGCUCGGGUGGGAUGGCCUCUGACGCUGGAAGGAAGCAAGAGCCCCUAUGCACACAUUGCAGACUAGCCGCCUAGACCUCGCUCUGGCCACGUCUAACACGACGUGUCCUUGGGUCCCGCCGUGCGUCCCUCUUAGGAGAGAUGAGUCACACUCUGGCACUGUCCAAGAACAAACCUGCCAUCACAUCUCACUGCCAGAUGUAUAAAGCACCUGCAUGCUCAGACUUCUUACGGCGCCACCUCCACGUCUGUCUUGUACAUGACAUUCCUCCACACGGUUUCCAGUGUCCACACUGCUGCCCAUGCAGUGGGACCAGAUUCCAGGUCCAGAGUCACCAUGAGGCCACCCUGGAAUCAGAACUGCACAAUCAAGAGGGAACCGUGGGACUCUGCUACAUUCAGUUCUUGUGUCGUUUGUGAAGGUUCUUAACCUGCCCACAAACCCCCUAUCCCCCAACCUGGCCCAUGGGGCUUCAGCGCCAAAGGUGACCUGGGCCAACCUCCCUCCCGCCCUGGCGCAGCACAGGAGCCAGCGGACGGGGGGCUCCCCUGUUCACCCACGGUGCCCAUGUCGUUCUUCUCUUCCUGUGACACAACUUGUACAGUCUGAUUCUUUUUAUUUGGGGUCGGGGGGCGUUUAUGUUUGUCUGAUGGAGAUUUGUUUUGUUUUGCUUUGUUUUAUGCUUUUUUUUAAAUCUUGAUGUUCUGAGGUUUGGUUUGGUUUUUCCAUUUUCUUUGGCGUUUAUUUAUUCGUGCUUCAAAUCACAGUCAUAUUAAAAGCUGGUCUUGUGGAAA